UGCCAUUGUGUUUUUCUUUCUCCUCUAGUUCAUCUGAAACGUCACUUCAUGUUCCGGAACCACUUGUGUCUGGUCUUCGAGAUGUUGUCCUAUAACCUGUACGACCUGCUGAGGAACACCAAUUUCCGCGGCGUGUCUCUGAACCUGACGCGCAAGUUUGCUCAGCAGCUGUGCACCGCGCUGCUCUUCCUGGCCACGCCUGAGCUGAGCAUCAUCCACUGUGACCUCAAACCCGAGAACAUCUUGCUCUGCAACCCCAAGAGAUCCGCCAUCAAGAUCGUGGACUUCGGGAGCUCGUGUCAGCUGGGACAGCGGAUAUACCAGUACAUCCAGAGCCGGUUCUACCGCUCGCCCGAGGUGCUGCUGGGAAUGCCGUACGAUCUGGCCAUCGACAUGUGGUCUCUGGGCUGCAUCCUGGUGGAGAUGCACAGCGGAGAGCCUAUGUUCAGCGGCGCUAACGAGGUCGACCAGAUGAAUAAAAUCGUGGAGGUGUUGGGUGUCCCUCCCAAUCAUAUUCUGGAGCAGGCGCCUAAAGCCAGGAAGUUCUUUGAGAAGAUGUCUGACAGCACGUGGUGUGUGAAGAAGACCAAAGAUGGCAAAAGGUAUAAACCCGCAGGCUCCCGGAAGCUGCACAGUAUUUUGGGCGUGGAGGCGGGUGGCCCCGGCGGGCGGAGAGCCGGUGAGUCGGGUCACGCCGUCGCAGACUACCUGAAGUUCAAAGACCUGAUCCUGCGGAUGCUGGACUACGACCCCAAGACCCGCAUCCAGCCGUAUUACGCUCUGCAGCACAGCUUCUUCAAGAAGACCGCUGAUGAAGGCACCAACACCAGCAGCAGCGUGUCCACGAGUCCGGCGCUGGAGCAGUCGCAGUCGUCCGGAACCACGUCCAGCACCUCCUCCAGCUCAGGAGGAUCGUCUGGAACGAGCACCAGUGGCCGCGCCCGCUCCGAUCCGACCCAUCAGCACCGGCACAGCGGAGGACACUUCAGUGCAGCGGUGAGCAUGGACUGUCACAACCUCUGCCCGCAGGCGAGACAGGGCUUCGCUCCGGCGCUGGGUUGGGUGGGAGGAGACGGACUCCAGCAGGCGGCCGGAGAGACGCACCCCGUCCAGGAGACCACCUUCCACGUGCCGCCACACCAGCCCAAGGCUCUGCACCCCCAUCAUCAUCAUCACCACCACCACCACCACCCACCGCAGCAGCACGCCCCGGGACCCGCCAGGCCCCGGCCCCGCCUCUACUCGCCCUCUCACAGCGCCUCCACGCAGGACUCCAUGGAGGUGACCCACGGCCACCUCUCCAUGACCUCGCUGUCUUCCUCCGCCUCGUCCUCGUCCACGUCCUCGUCCUCCACCGGGAACCAUCACUACGCCUACCAGAGCCGCCUGGGCUUCGGCCACAACGGCAGCAUGACUUUGGGACUGGGUGCCUUCUCCAACCCGCGACAGGAGACGGGCGUGCCGGGUCACCCCUCGAACUCUGGGCCGGGCCACUACAUAGCUGAGACUCACAUGGGCCUGCGGCCGGGCCUGGAGCGCGAGGAGUCGCCCAUGGCGGGCGUGUGUGUGCAGCAGAGCUCGGUGGCCAGCUCCUGACUAUCCUAGCCUGAGAGCGUGCGUUUGUUGGGAUUAAAGCUGCUGGAACGGGACGAGAGCCACCCGCGGACGCUUGACACGAGGCUUUCCUCGUCUGACCUUUGCUUCUGUUCUCCGAUUCUCAGAUGGUUUCAGAUGCUCGUGCGCACGGGAGCGAGAGCGUCACGGCCGACCCACCCCAAUCCCCCCACCGCGCUCGCGUCUUUUCUUCUUCACGUCGUGUGCUUCGAGCAGAGCUUUCCCAGAGUGCAAUGAGACCCCUGUGACGGCGCGUGCGGCCGCGGGCAGCGCUUCUUUAAAAUGGCCUUAUCGUUACGGACUGAAUGAAGACGAGCCAGACGUUUCUUCUUCAAGUGACAAAAGCUUUCAUGUAUUUUUGACGUGCGAACACCCUUCAUUCACGACACGCCAAAACAGAACGGUGGUCCGAGGCCUUUCUUCACUAGAGAUCCGCAGGACUGACGGUAUCAGCGACGGCUGUGUCCCUUCCCGCUCUUCUGUUGUGCUCGGCAUGUGUGUUUUACUUUGGCCCUUUCGCUUCUUUGAUUUGGCUUCACGAUUAUGCUGUGAAUUUUACACCACUUUUGUUUCUCCCUUUUGAUAAUUUAUUGUACCAAAGGCGUUUUUUUUAUAGAACAUAGAUGUCUGCAACCAAUAAUGUAGCAGUUCUGCACUUUGAAGCAAAGGUGUGUGUCAUGUCAGUAAACGACUGUCAGAACUGGAAGUGAUGAUGUUUGAUGUGGCGGAGAGCCCAAUCCUGGACGCCAUCGCUUGCGAAAUUCUGUCGCUCUGUUUUUCUUUCUCUUCAUUUCCUCUUACCAGACGGCAGCGGCACGAGCUGCAAGCAUUUCCCGUCGGGGGUUUUGUGUUGAUUCGGCUCUCACGGGACGGUGGACGCGGAUGCUGCGAGCUGCUCGGCUGGUCCCAGAGCAGCUGGACAGUCGGAGAUCCUCUCGAAUCUCACGCAACGAAAGCAAUCCGGCAGAGACCGGGAGGGAGACGGGCUGCUCUCGAUCGCUCGCUCUCUCCGUCCGUCUGCGUGCGCGGUGGUGACGGGUGCGAGAGGGCGCACGGUUCUUUAGGGUUCCUGUGGUCACGGCAUACAGAGGGAGUCCAUGAAACAGGCUUCAGGUGUUUACUUUGUGACCCCAUUUUAAUAGCUGAAAUAGAAUUUAUGUACAUAUUUAUAUUUUUUUAAUAAAGGAAGUUUAGAACUCACUACUUUUUUCCUAAUGGUAUUUUGAGUACAUUUACGUCAACUUGGUAACAUGCAGUGGAAGUUCUCUGUGGUAGUCAAUGGGUAUCAGUGCUUCCAGGCCAAAGUAGUUGACGACGAUGACGACGCUAGUACAAAUGCAAAACUCUAGGGUUGAAGCGGGACGGAGAGUAGAUCUUCAUACUUUAAUCUUCUAGACAGGGUAUCGUGUGUGGAUGUGUGUCCCACUCAGAACGGCAUCGGGCGGCGCUUCACAUGUUCGUAUACUCCAGCGCUGACGUAGUAUACAUAGUACAGAAAGUAAUUUUCUGUUUAGUUGUUGUUACGGCACACGCUUCAAUAAAUGGGUCCAUUUGAAAGCAGAAAUCGGCUGUGGCAGACGGGGAGUGUGUGUGUGUGUGUGUGUGUUCAGUGACUGUGUGUGUGAGAGUGUGUGUGCGUCCGU